AGCUUCUCUAUCUCUCCACCGCCUAUAAAACGUGUCACCCAACCCAUCCUCUCUCUCACCCCCAAAUAUCAAACUCAUCUCUCAAACGCCAACAAUAAAAUCAAUAUCAAUAUAUUUUUAAAUGGAAGACCAAAGAGAAUUCAAAAUGGUUGAAGGAGGAGCAGAAAUUUUCUACGGCAUAGAUUUCUACAUCUUACCCGAAGGUUGCAUCGCAGCCGUUGUUUCUUUCACCAGUCCUCGUGAUGCGUGUCGUUUCUCCUCCGUUUCUAGAAUCUUCAAGUCUGCUUCUGAUUCUGAUGCUGUUUGGGAGAAUUUCCUGCCGUCCGAUUACCGUCAAAUUCUUUCUCGAUCCGACGGUGCUCUUUCUCUGCUUGAUUCUCUCUCUAAAAAACAGUUAUUCAUGCAUCUUGCCGAGAAUUCCCUCCUCGUCGAUGACGGUGCUUUGAGCUUUUCAAUAGAGAAAUCAACGGGCAAAAAGAGCUACAUUAUAUCUGCCAAGAAUCUGAACAUUGUUUGGGCUGAUACACCAAGAUAUUGGACAUGGCAUUCUGAUCCUAAGUCGAGGUUUUCUGAAGUAGCAGAGCUUGUUACUGUCUGCUGGCUUGAAAUCAAAGGGAAAAUAAAAACAUCCCUAUUAUCUCCAAACACAGAUUAUGCUGCUUACCUUGUCUUCAGGAUGGAGAGAGAAGCCUACGGGUUUUACUCCCCGGCUGAGGUUACACUUUCGACUGCUGAAGGCAAACCCGUAACUGAGAAGUUCUACUGGGAAUCCCAGGAGAGGUAUCAAAUUGUACCCAGGCGUGUUGGUAUUUUCAACCAGUUCAGGGCUCCUAUGUCAAGGACUCAGUCGACGAAUCAGGGAGAGGUUGAUCAAGCUAAGCUUCCGAAGCAAAGAUCAGAUGGAUGGCAUGAAAUUAAAAUCGGGGAGUUUUCAACUGGCAGUGAUGAUAAUGAAGAAGUAGAGAUGCAAGUGUUGGAUGUCAAGGGUGGGAAUUGGAAAGGUGGUUUAGUUGUUGAAGGAAUUGAGAUUAGACCAAAAAUUGCCAAGGAAUAAAGGAAGAGAGUUCAAACCAAUUUCUCACUAGUUUUUAUUGUUUUUAAGUCGAUUCGUUUAUCCUUAAUUAGCUUGCUAAAUUUCUUGGAGAGAAAUUUGUUGGACGUUCACAUCGUUCUUCACUUCUUCAGCAGCCGUAUAAUCUUUUUACUGCUUGUUUAAGAUCAGAAUAAGAACUGUUUGUCUAAGAAUGGUGAAGCUAUUCGUUGUAGUACUCUGUAAUAGAAGAGAUUAUUUGUAUGAUUUCACCUUAUUAUUUUCUUCGUAUGUUACUGAAUGUGACAAUUUGCA